AUGAGUCCAGUGGCCGCACUUACAGCUGGUGGCAGUCGUGCCAGGGGCAGUGAGACCGACGACCAGAAGAAAGCUACGGGAUCGACAUCUCAGAUUUCCAUUGAAUGUCAAGGUGGGAAUCCGUUGUCCAUCAGAUUGGAUGUUGUCGGUAUGUUCCAGCUACUACUGGAGGGUCAUUGA